UGUGCUCCAUUGUUCUGGAUUCCAGCUUCAGAAUCCCAGAUAUCUCCACAAUUUCGCCAGGAGCAAGAAUCCGCAGUAGCAGCUCCUUGCGUGACUCACGCCGGUGGUCUGGUUUCAUGCUCGCUAAUUACCACGCUUGACAGCGUGAUAGAUUUGCUUCUUGUUCGGCAUUUCCGAACCGGAGGUUUUUCCUGCUUGAUUUCGCCUAGCAUCCCAACGCGCGACCAGAACCAUGGCCAACCCAUUCCAGCGCUUGGUCACGGAGCUGCCGAACCCCGAUGGCGGCUCCUUCGGCUCAUUUUACAGCCUUCCCGCUCUCAACGACUCUCGCAUCGAUGAGCUUCCUAUCUCCAUUCGGUACCUCCUGGAGUCCGCCAUUCGCAACUGCGACAACUUCCAGGUCAUGGAGAAGGACAUCGAGAAGAUUCUCGACUGGGCGAACACUUCACAGCACCAAGUCGAGAUCCCCUUCAAGCCAGCGCGUGUCAUCCUGCAGGAUUUCACUGGCGUUCCGGCCGUCGUGGACCUUGCUGCAAUGAGGGACGCAAUGAAGGAAUCUGGAGGCGAUCCUUCUGCCAUCAACCCUCAGGUGCCUGUGGAUUUGGUGAUCGAUCACUCGGUGCAAGUGGACUUCGCGGGAGCGUCCAACGCGCUGAGCCUCAACAUGGAGCGCGAGUUCGAGCGCAACAGGGAGAGGUUCGCCUUCCUCAAGUGGGGCUCCAAGGCCUUCAGCAACAUGCUCGUCGUGCCGCCUGGCGCUGGUAUCGUGCAUCAGGUGAAUCUGGAGUACCUCGCACGGGUCGUGAUGGACAUCAACGGGCUCCUCUAUCCCGACAGCGUGGUCGGCACCGACUCCCACACCACCAUGAUCGACGGGCUCGGCGUCGCCGGGUGGGGCGUGGGCGGAAUCGAGGCCGAAGCAGCCAUGCUUGGCCAGGCCAUGAGCAUGGUCCUCCCCCAAGUCGUGGGCUUUAAGCUCACCGGGAAGCUCCAGCCGGGAGUCACCGCCACGGACCUGGUGCUCACGUGCACGCAGAUGCUGCGCAAGCACGGCGUGGUGGGGAAAUUCGUGGAGUUUUACGGCGAGGGGACGAGGGAGCUGUCCCUGGCGGACCGGGCGACGGUGGCGAACAUGUCGCCCGAGUAUGGCGCGACCAUGGGGUUCUUCCCCGUGGAUUCGGUAACGCUGCAGUAUUUGAAGAUCACGGGGAGGGAUGAGACGAAGCUGAAGCAGAUUGAGGCGUACAUGCGCGCUAACCACCUCUUCAUGGACCACGCUACUGCUGGUGAGGCAGAGGCCAAACGCAAGUACUCCUCCUACCUGGAGCUGGACCUUUCCACUGUGGAGCCCUGCGUCUCUGGACCUAAGAGGCCUCAUGAUCGUGUGACCCUCAAAACCAUGAAGUCCGACUGGCAGUCCUGCCUCGACAAUCCCGUCGGCUUCAAGGGCUUCGCCAUCCCCAAGGCCCAGCAGGACAAGGUGGUGAAGGUGACGGUCAAGGAAGGGGUGGAGUCCGAGUUGAGGCACGGGUCCGUGGUGAUUGCGGCCAUCACGUCGUGCACCAACACGUCCAACCCCUCGGUCAUGCUCGCUGCGGCCCUGGUGGCGAAGAAGGCGAGUGAGAGAGGGCUCAAGGUGAAGCCGUACGUGAAGACCAGCCUGGCGCCCGGGUCCAACGUCGUCACCAAGUACCUCGAAGCCAGUGGUCUGCUUCCUUCGCUUGAGGGCCAGGGCUUCCACGUGGUGGGCUACGGCUGCACAACGUGCAUUGGGAACUCGGGAGAGAUUCCGGAGUCCGUGGGACAGGCCAUCUCCGACAAUGACCUCGUGGCAGCAGCGGUGCUCUCUGGUAACCGUAACUUUGAGGGCCGCGUGCAUCCGCUCACCAGGGCCAACUACCUUGCUUCCCCGCCCCUCGUCGUUGCAUACGCCCUUGCUGGCACGGUGGACAUUGACUUUGAGACACAGCCCAUUGGCACGGACACCGACGGCAAGGAGGUGUUUCUCAGAGACAUUUGGCCCAGCAACGAGGAGGUGGCAGAGGUGGUGGAGCGGGCGGUUCUCCCCCAGUUUUUCCAGUCGGUGUACAAGGCAGUGAAGGAGGGCGCCACCAACGCGCUCUGGAACGGGCUGCCUGCUGAGAACGAGCCUCUGUACCGCUGGGACCCCUCCUCCACUUACAUCCACGACCCGCCCUACUUCAAGAACUUCCCCCUCAACCCCCCUGGCGGGAAGGACGUUAAGGAGGCGUACUGCCUGCUGAACCUGGGGGAUUCGAUCACCACCGACCAUAUCUCGCCCGCAGGGAGCAUUCACAAGGACAGCGCUGCUGCCAAGUUCUUAACCGAACGCGGAGUAGCCCGGAAGGACUUCAACUCGUACGGCAGCAGGCGGGGCAACGAUGAGGUCAUGACUCGCGGCACGUUUGCGAAUAUCCGGCUGGUGAACAAGCUCAUGGGAGGGGAGGUGGGGCCCAAGACAGUGCACCUGCCCUCGGGGGAGAAGAUGACCGUCUUUGAUGCUGCUAUGAGGUAUAAGGUGGAGGGUCAUCCCACGAUCGUCCUGGCAGGGGCGGAGUAUGGGAGUGGUUCGUCACGUGACUGGGCUGCCAAGGGGCCUUACCUGCAGGGAGUGCGAGCGGUGAUCUCUGUCUCCUUUGAGCGCAUCCACCGCAGCAACCUGGUGGGCAUGGGCAUCAUUCCGCUCUGCUUCAAGGCUGGGGAAAACGCCGAGACCCUGGGGCUCACAGGGAAGGAGCGCUUCUCCUUCGCCCUGCCGCCUGUGGAUCAGAUCCACCCCGGCCAAGAUGUGGUUGUUUCCACUGAUAAUGGGAAGAGCUUUACCUGCACGCUACGCUUCGAUACUGAGCUUGAGAAGGCCUACUACAAUCACGGGGGCAUUCUGCACUUUGUGCUGCGACAGCUGCUUUCCAAGUCUACCACUGCGUGAAUUGAACCUGGUGCUGAGCGCUGCUGGGUUACCUGAGUCACAGGGAGGGUAGGGGGCAGGCUGGAAGCACGACAUUUGCAUGCAGUAUGUGCUGCGACAGCUGCUUGGCUUGACAGCUGCUGUUUGGCAGGUUACUGAGUGGUGUUUUGGAUGCUUCACAGCAAAAUUGGGGCUGGAAGAGUGUGUCCUUCCCGUGCCAGUGCCUUGGACCAUGAUGAGUUGCAUCUCAUCCAACCACCUGUGCACAUUGUCUGGCGUUUUUCGUUGUAUUUUGAAAAAGGUGUCCACGAUGUUACUUAUGUGUUCUGUUGGCAGCGGCACCCUUAGAAAAGGAGCGA